ACAGCACAAGAUGGUGGAUUUCCUUGCAGAAAACAACGCUUGCGGGCAAACUGUUUUAAAGCUCGUUAGCCGUGGAAAUGCCAUCGUUGCCGAGCUUUUGCGCCUCUCUGACUUUAUACCUCCUGUAUUUAAACAAGAAACCAAAGAGGAUCGCGACAAAUAUGGCGAGAUCUUAGCAGACUUCUCCUAUUUCAAGGGACCUGAUUACUAUGAGAAUAGAAUUGAUUCCAAGCCGGACCUUCAAGAUCUUGAUGAAGAAUUCAGAGAAAAUCAUAUUGAAAUCUUGACUAGAUUCUAUAAAGCCUUUGAAAGUGUCCACAAGUAUAUUACUGAUCUCAACAGAUAUCUUGAAGAUCUUGAUGAAGGAAUAUUCAUACAACAAACACUAGAGAGUAUACUUCUUAUUGAGGAUGGUAAACAGCUCAUGUGUGAGAGUCUGUAUCUCUAUGGGAUUAUGCUGUUAGUAAUUGACAUGAAGUUUGAGGGAGAUGUGCGAGAGAGGAUGUUGGUGUCUUACCACAGAUACUGUGCAGCGAGAGCAGAUGUAGACUCAAAUCUUGAUGAUGUGUGUAAACUUCUAAGAAGUACUGGAUAUUCCAAUGUCCCAGGAGCAAAGAGACCUUUAAAAUAUCCAGAGGAUUAUUUUAGGCGAAUCUCCCUCCCUGAUUCAUUUGUGGAUAUGCUCAUUGGCCGUUUGCGGUCUGACGAUGUCUACAAUCAGAUCUCAGCUUACCCCCUGCCAGAACAUCGCAGUACAGCCCUGGCUACCCAGGCCUCCAUGUUGUAUGUCAUCUUGUUUUUUGCACCAGAUAUUCUGCAGAACCAGCAGGCUAAAAUGAGAGAGAUUGUGGACAAACACUUCCCUGAUAAUUGGGUGAUCAGUAUAUACAUGGGAAUUGUUGUCAAUUUAGUAGAAGCUUGGGAUCCUUACAAAGCUGCCAAGACAGCUCUCAACAAUACUCUUGAUCCCAAUAAUGUCAAACCAUUGGCAACCAGAUACAAUACAAAAGUUAGAACCCUGAAUGGGGAGGUGUUGAAUUAUCUGAAAGAAGGAUUUCUUGUUGAAGAAUAUGCAUUGGAUCAUAUCCCAAAACUCAUGAACUGCAUCAGAGACUGUAAUGUGACUCUGAGGUGGCUCAUGCUUCAUAACUGUGAAGUAUUUGAUGUGUACAAGAGAUGUCGUGCUCUUAGAGAGAUGGUAACUGCAUCAGGGUAUGACCCAAAAGCUGUCUUUGAGCUGCUGUUGAAUACUGCUCAGUUUGAACUAAAACUGAAGGAGAUGUUCAAGCAGAUGUUGGCACAGAAGCAGUCUCAAUGGGAAAAACACAAAACAGAAGGAGUUGAAAGGAUGGAUGAGCUCUCUGAAGUAUUUUCUGGGACCAAACCACUGACAAGAAUUCAAAAGAAUGAAAACCUUCAAGCUUGGUUCAAGGAGAUGUCCAAUCAGAUUUCUUCAUUAAAUUAUGAAGACUCCACCUCAGCUGGACGUAAGAUGGUGCAGCUUAUCCAAGCAUUAGAAGAGGUUCAAGAAUUUCAUCAACUGGAGAGCAACCUUCAAGUACGACAAUUUCUCCUGGAAACAAGGCAGUUCCUGCAUCAGAUGAUUAGGACAAUCAAUAUUAAAGAAGAGGUUUUGAUCACCAUUCAGUUAGUAGCUGACUUAUCUUAUGCGUGGAAUAUUAUUGAUAGUUACUCUGGAUUCAUGCAACAAGGAAUAAAGAGUAACCCUUCUUUGGUUCAGAAAUUAAGAGCAACAUUCCUCAAGAUGGCCUCAGCUAUGGAUUUGCCUCUGGUGCGCAUUGGCCAGGCUAAUAGUCCUGAUUUAGUGAGUGUGUCCCAGUACUACUCCGGUGAAUUGGUGGCUUAUGUGAGAAAGGUUUUACAGAUUAUUCCAGAGACAAUGUUUGGUCUUCUUGCAAGAAUCAUUCAACUCCAGAUCAGCAGCGUGAAGGAGGUUCCAACCAGGUUGGAAAAGGAUAAAUUGAGAGAAUAUGCGCAAUUGGAUGAGAGAUACCAGAUAGCGAAGUUGACACAUGCUAUUUCCGUGUUCACGGAAGGGAUUUUGAUGAUGAAGACAACUUUGGUCGGAAUUAUUAAGAUUGACCCAAAGCAGCUUCUAGAGGAUGGGAUUAGGAAAGAGUUGGUCAGACAGGUGGCGUCUGCUCUCCACAUUGUUCUCACGUUUAAUCCAAGGGCUAAGCAAUCGGAACUUGGCUUGAGGCUAAGGGAACUUGGAGGAAGAAUGGACGGAUUCCGGCGUUCCUUUGAAUACAUUCAAGAUUACAUUAACAUCUAUGGUCUGAAAAUCUGGCAAGAGGAAGUUUCCAGAAUCAUCAACUACAACGUGGAACAGGAAUGCAAUAGCUUUCUCAGAGAAAAGGUCCACGACUGGCAGUCUGUUUAUCAAUCAACCACGAUUCCCAUACCGAAGUUUCCUCCUGUGGACGAGUCUGUCAAUUUCAUUGGACGACUAGCGAGGGAGAUACUCAGAAUAACAGACACUAAGACUACGUGUUACAUCGACCAAAUGGGAGCCUGGUACGACAACAGAACCAAGCAAGAGGUUAUGAACUUACUGAUCCUAAAGCAACUUCAGCAGGCUGUUGGCUCGUUUGGACUGACGGGAUUGGACAAACUACUGUCGUUUAUGAUAGUCAAGGAACUGCAGAAAUUCCAAGCAUUGCUGAGAGGAGCACUGAAAGACAAACUCGUGGCAGACACUUUGCUUGGACUUUCCAAACAACUUACUCCCGUCAAAAGUCUCAUCGCAUCACCAUACAGAGUAUAUCCUCCAGUUACUCAAAAGUUGGCUCGUCUGUGGACUCAGUAUAGUGAAGCAAUCAUGAAGGUCGGCCAAAUGCAGCUCAUAAGAAGACAAAUCUCAAAUGAGCUGAACUGUUCCUGCAAGUUUGACUCAAAAGUUCUCCACAAUGCUCUGGAAACUUUUAACAAUGCACUGCUACGCGAUGUUGAAGCUCAUUACCAGGACCCCACUCGACCAUAUCCCAAGGAAGAGAAUCCUCUUAUGUUUGAGUUGACGUCAUAUCUUGAGUGGGCUGGUAUUCAUAACCCACUCACAAAGAUUUAUAUCACUACAAAGAAGUAUCCGUAUUUUGCACUACUGAAUUUUUUGUGCGUGAUUGCACAGAUGCCAAAGCUGGUCUACGUCAAGAGCGUCGGAACAAUGGUGGCCAAGCGACCGACUGAUCAGAUCGACAGCGCACCAUUUGUAGUAGGAAUGAUUACAGUUCUGAAGCAGUUCCAUUCCGAGUACACGGAACAAUUCUUGUCGUGCUGUGGACAAUAUGUCAGGUCCCUUAUAGAGGCGACGGCUACAAAUGUAAGAAGCCAAGAGAUCCCAGCAGAAGUUGUAAACCUGCUGGUUUUCCUUGAAGACUUUUUGGCGUACAGUGAACUUCCAAGGAAGGUUGUCGAGGCUCACAUUCCUAGCUACAUUUUUGACCAGUUCCGAGUUCAUCUCGCGUAACAGCUUAGAUGUGCGACGUAAUUUUCCGAACAAGGUUCCCUUCAGGGUAGAUAUAGAACACGUAGCUAUGUGUUUAUCUAGAAACUCUAUGAUUUUCUACAAACAGAAAAAAGUAUUUUUUUCCAAGAGUUUAUCUCUGAUGUUAACUGGAAGAAAAAGUGAAGUUUUUUUUGUGAUUCAAAUCGUGAAAUAAUUGUGCAAUGAGACCAAUAAUUUGUACAUUUCUGUAACUUAGAGGAUAACAAAAGAAGUGAUUACAGAAAAAAGAAACCUGAAGCAGUUAGCACGGAAACGCCGAAGAAGAUGUCGAUUAAAAAAUGAAUUUAUGUUUUCAGUUAGAA